GGGUGGUGUAUGGGGCGUUAGAUUUUCGGAGUCGUGGCAUUUUCCAAAACAUUUUCGUAAAUUUCGAAAUUAAAACAUUUUAUUGUCAUCGAGCGAUCAAAACAAGAGGCCGUGUUUGAUUGAUGUAUUACUAACUUACGUAGAGCAGCGGCCAUGCCGGCGGCGGCGGCGGCGGCGGCGCGCACCAUGUCGCACGACCUGCACGUGUGGCUGAUGAACGAGAUGGAGUACGACGCCAGCGGCGCAGACGGCUACCGGACGAUCCCCUCGCCCGAGAACCUCGCCGAGCUGUGCGUGGGUGAGCUGCCGGACGUGUGGAAGUACCUGAUGGAGCACGUGUACGGACCGCACAGCAUCCACGCCGUCAAGGGCAACCUGCAGCUGUGUCGCGGCCGGCACGGAAAACGGCUGGUGUCUUCUCCUGAGGAGAAAUCUCUGCAGAAGAAAAAGGAACGGCUCACAAAGAGUCUUCGCCAGGUCAACUCCAGUGUUGAGCAUCUAGAGAGCGAAAUCAUGAAGCUGGAAGAAGAAAUCAUCAGCAAAAGCUCGUCGGUGCUGGAGCGGCGCGAGGCGUGCCGCCGCGAGCAGCGACUGGCCGCCGCGCACCGGCUGCACUCGGCGCGCUGUCAGCGCGAGCUCAGCGGAACGGCGGCGCUGACCGGCCGGCUGGCGCAGCUGGCCGGCGAGCGCACGGACGGCGGCCGGCCGGCCGACACACACACCGUCUGUAUGCGUCAGAUCAGCGAGGCCACGGAGCUGCUGGCGGGCCACAUCGACCGGUGUCUGGAGCGCGCGCCCACGGCCGACUCUCUGGCGCGCGCUGAGCGCUCCAUCCAGGCCACGGUGGCGCGGCACGCGGCGGCCGACAUACUGCGCAGUCUGGCCGGCCUGCAGCAGCGCGCCGGACUCCAGCUGGCGCGCAAACUGCAGGCGGACACCGAGCCGCCGACCGCCGGCCAGACCAGCUGUGCGCCGUCCGCCGGCAGCGGUGACCCGGUGACGCAGAAGAUCCAGCGCUCGGUGGACGAACUGCACGCACUGCACGUCACCUGGCGGGUCACCGAGGUCACCGCCCAGCGCGAGACGCGCCGGCUGCGCCACCAGCUGCUGCAGCUGACGGAGCAGCUGGCCAGCUGCGGCCACCAGGAGGAGGCUCCGGUGGACUGGCCGGCGCACCUGGCCGCCGCCGAGGCGCGCGGCCGCGCGGCCGCCCUGGAGACGGCGGCGCGCCAGCUCGGCGCCGAGGUGGAGGCGCUGGGAGCCGCGCGCUCCGCACUGGAGCAGCGCUACGCCGCCAUCCAGCGUAACCAGCAGCUGAUCGAGCGCAACAAGAGCCACAUCCAGCUGCUGAUAUCGCUGGCGGGCGACUCUGUGGCGCUGAGCCGGCAGGCGCAGCAGCGCGCGGCGGCGGCGGCUCAGCGCCAGCUGCGCCCGCUGCUCUCUCAGCUGGAGGAGGCGCAGCGCCGCGCCGCCGCACAGACGGCCGCAGAGGUCGACUCGGCCGGCCGCCGCCUGCUGGCAGACAAUAUACGCUGGGUCGUCGUGGACGGCCGUCCGCUGCUGUCUGUGCAGCUGCCCCUGUACCGGCCGGCGCCGGCGCUCCUCUCUCGCCGCCUGCGCUGCGCCGAGGCCGAGCUGCUGGAGCGGCUGCAGGCGCUGUGGCAGCAGCAGCGCGCCGACCGUCGCGCCGCCGCGCUCCGCCGGCUGCGCCACACGCUGGCGAACACCGCCGUGCCGGCCGACCGACUGGAAGAGUGCUGUCGCCGGGUGCAGAGUCAGACGGAGCACGAGCGCAGCACCCUGCUGCCGCAGCUGGAGCGGCUGUUUGUCAACAUGUCGCAGAUGGGCGCCGCGCUGAGGGAGGCCCGCGGCGCGCUCCACAACUGGACGGACCAGCCGGCCCGCUCCGCCGUCCAGCAGGUACGGCACGCCGGGCACAGCCUGCGUCAGUGGGAGCAGCGCUACGUGGCCGCGCUGGCCGCCGGCCGCGGCCCGCACCGGCCCGCCGCCUGAGCCGUGAGGUCCGGCCUGCGCCGGCCCGCACCGGCCCACCGCCUGAGCCGUGUGGUCCGGCCCGCACCGGCCCACCGCCUGAGCCGUGUGGUCCGGCCCGCACCGGCCCACCGCCUGAGCCGUGUGGUCCGGCCCGCACCGGCCCACCGCCUGAGCCGUGUGGUCCGGCCCACACCGGACCGCCUGAGCCGUGUGGUCCGGCCCGCACCGGCCCGCCGCCUGAGCCGUGUGGUCCGGCCCGCACCGGCCCACCGCCUGAGCCGGCCGCUGCCGCUCAGCGCCGCCUGCUGCCGAGCGGCGCCGAGCUGUGGUGCUGUGGCACCCGCAGCAGUGCCCGGCGCAGGACACAGUACGCAGAGCGCGCUGCCGCCCACACAGCUCCACUCAGCUCCCGCGGGAGGGACCGCCAGGGACCUCUGGGACUCGGAGACGGUCCUCGUCCGGCACUGGAGACUGGAGAGGCCAGGCGCCCGACUUUCAGCGGCACCUCACCGGAGACCGUGGACACUGCCGCGCCGAAACCAUGCGCUCUGUUCGCCGUAACCUUCUUGGGCUGGGUACGCUCCUUCGCAUGUACGCCGCGUAUUAUCACACAGUUCUAUUCGCCGAGUUCGCUGCCAAUCUGCUCUCCUUUGUAACCGAUCGCUAAUACACAUCCCGAGCAGCG